AUGGUUUUGUCAGUUACUGAGAAGGCGUUUUUAGCGGACUCUUUGAAAGCCGACCCCGUUAUUAGGCCCGAUGGUAGGGAAGCGUACCAGAACAGACCCAUUGAAUUGUUUGUGAAUUUCCUUCCCAGUUCUAACGGUUCUUCCAGAAUAAUUGCUAGUGACGGUAGUGAAUGUAUUGUUAGUGUGAAGUCGAAGGUAGUAGACCACACCUUGGAAGAUGAGUUGAUUGAAGUGGAUGUUGACAUAGUGGGAUACAGAGACGACUCCCUGUUGGUGGAGUCUACAUCCUCGUUUCUGAAGAAGGCUUUGAGGUUGGGAGAAACAGUUGAGAGAAAGUCUUUGCAACUAACCACAAAAUAUAGUUUUAAGUUAUACAUUGAUAUCCUGGUGAUAUCGUGCAACUCUAACCCAACAUCACUAAUAUCUUUUGGGAUGUAUACAGCAUUAAAAUCCACAUACCUACCGAAACUAAUAUCCAGUUACGAUGAUUUACAAGUCGAGGAGCUUCCUACAUUUCACGACUAUGAUUUAGUAAAACUUGAGAUCGAUCCACCAGUUGUUUUCCUAUUGGCAAUUGUCGGCGAUAAUAUUAUACUUGAUCCUGCCGCAAAUGAAUGUGAAGUUGCAAAUAACGGCUUAUUAUUGACUUGGUCAAAUGGUAAAAUAGUAUCACCAGUUCGUACCAUCGCUUUAAAUGACACCCAUUUAGAGGGAUUUGAUCAAAAUAUCAUUAAACUGGCAUAUGAAAUGGUCACGCAAUAUGCUCCGGAAAUUGUACGAGCAUUGGAUCAGUAG